AUGGCGGAACAACUCAAGGCCACGUUUCUGCGGAAAAAGGAGCGGAAUCAAGCGGCCUUUGUGGCUUUCUUGACGGCGGGAUUCCCGACCAAGGAUGAUACCCUUGAUUUGUUAUUUGCUCUAGAACGAGGCGGUGCUGAUAUCAUUGAGGUCGGGGUGCCGUUUUCUGAUCCGCAGGCGGACGGACCCGUGAUCCAAGAAAGUAACAACAUUGCCCUGGAGCAGGGAAUCGAUUACGCGCAGUGUCUUAGUAUAGUCAAAGAAGCCCGUGCUAGGGGUCUCCAAGUGCCGAUCAUUUUGAUGGGAUACUACAACCCAUUGCAUGCAUAUGGUGAGGAACGCGCAGUGCGAGACGCGCGCGCCGCCGGUGCGAAUGGCUUUAUUGUCGUGGAUUUACUUCCCGAAGAAGCGGGUCAGUUUCUUCAUGCGUGCCGCCAGGAGAAAAUGGCGUUUGUCCCGCUCGUGGCUCCCACAACGGAUGUGGAACGCGUUCGCUACUUGUCGACCUUGGCCGAUGCAUUUAUCUACGUCGUGUCGCGUCUGGGAACGACAGGUGCAUCGAACACUGUAUCGAGCUCGCUUGGUGAUCUUCUCGCGAAAAUCAGGUCCGGCACGGAUGUGCCCUUAGCUGUGGGCUUCGGCGUCUCGAACCGCGACCACUUUGUCGAAGUGGGUGCGUUGUCUGAUGGCGUUGUGAUCGGCAGUAAGCUGAUCCAAUGCAUCAAGAAUGCUGCACCUACGAAAGAAGCACGUGUCGAAGCAGCUUAUACGUUCUGUGACAGCAUCACGGGCAAGAGCCAGGGUGGCUUGCCUCGUGCGCACCCGCUAGUGACGCCGGCGCCCAUCGAGACAGGGGCUGUGCCGGAGUCUCACGUAUCGAAGGCUGCCCACUUCGGCGAGUUUGGUGGACAAUACAUUCCAGAGGCGCUUGUGCAGUGCCAUCGCGAGCUUGAAAAGGCGUAUGAUACUGCUCGUCAUGACCCCACCUUUUGGAAAGAGUUCUACGACCAAUUUAAGUAUAUUGGUCGUCCGAGUGAGCUGUACGAGGCGGAGCGUCUGUCAAAGUGGGCGGGUGGUGCGCGAAUCUGGCUGAAGCGCGAGGACCUGAAUCACACGGGAAGCCACAAAAUCAACAAUGCUGUGGGACAGGUGCUCCUGGCCAAGCGUCUGGGUAAGACGCGCAUUAUUGCCGAGACGGGUGCGGGCCAGCACGGUGUGGCUACCGCGACGGCCUGUGCCAAGUUUGGGUUAGAGUGCGUGAUAUAUAUGGGUGCCGAGGAUGUGCGUCGACAAGCUCUCAAUGCGGUCCGCAUCCGCAUGCUUGGUGCCAAGCUCAUUGGUGUUGAAAGUGGCAGCAAGACCCUGAAAGACGCGAUCAACGAAGCGAAUCGCGACUGGGUCACCAAUAUUCACAACACACAUUACCUCGUGGGCUCAGCGAUUGGACCGCAUCCCUUCCCUACGCUCGUGCGUGACUUGCAGUCGGUCAUUGGCCAGGAGGCCAAGAAGCAACUACAGGAACAGGCAGGCUGUCUCCCCGAUGCUGUGGUUGCUUGUGUUGGUGGCGGCAGCAAUGCGAUUGGCAUGUUUUAUCCGUUCAUUGAUGAUGCGUCGGUGCGUCUGGUCGGUGUAGAGGCCGGUGGCGAGGGUGUCGAUACGGCGCAUCACUCGGCGACGCUGUCGGCCGGUCGCCCUGGUGUGUUGCAUGGCGUGCGCACCUACCUUCUCCAGAAUCAGGACGGCCAGGUGACUGAGACGCACUCGAUCAGUGCCGGCCUGGACUACCCUGGCGUGGGUCCACAGCAUGCCUAUCUCAAGGACAGCGGUCGGGCCGAGUACUGCGUUGCUACAGACAAGCAGGCACUACUGGGCUUCAAGUGGCUCAUGGAGCACGAGGGCAUCAUUCCUGCGCUCGAGUCGAGUCACGCCGUGUACGAGGCGGUCAACUUGGCCAAGACGAUGCGACCCGAUCAACAUAUUAUCGUGAGUCUGAGUGGCCGUGGCGAUAAGGAUGUCGAGCAGGUCGCACGAGGUUUGAGUGAGCAGGGCUGGGGACAGGCCAUUGGAUGGACCCUGCCGCCGCUCACGUUCCAGUAG